AAAAAAAUGUCUGAAAAUUCGACGCCAAACCUUCGAAGAUCCAACCGAACAAUGGUACCAACAACUCCAUUUACCAUUGAAAAUACACCUGUAGGUAGAGGAAAUUCUGGUGCUAGAAGUCAUAAGGAGCCAAGCGCAAAACGUAAAAAACCUACCAGUACCCCUACCGUAAGAUGCGGUACCGUACCCCAAGAGCCAUCCACUUCAGCAGCUACAGUAACCCAAAAACCAGCGGGAUCCACCAUGGCCACUGCAAACAUCACGGAAACCAGGAGAAUUGAUAUAAGCAGUUGUAGUGAUCGGCCCCUGAUCCCGUGCACGGCAAGCGGAGUCCCACUCACCACGUUCUCCAACAAAAGCCUGGACUCCAUUCUGAACCAAGACUCGGAAAUCGUCGGAGGUAUAUCUCAGAAGGAUCUCAACGAGCUUCGCAACAGGGGACCCAACAUGACUGUCAAGCAGCUGCUGGCCAAGAACUUCAAGAACUACAAAGUCCGUCAAUCCCUGACCUCCGAGCUAGCAACGGAGUUUGUGAAUCGAACGCUGAGCGAGAACGAUGUUCCGAUGGGCGCUCUGAUCAUGCCACCAAUGGAGGAUGUGCAGGAGUCUAUUGUCAAAGAAUCCAAGACUUACAACUAUGCCGCAGCAUCCGGAGGAUCCCUACCAUUCUCGAAUCCCCACUCCGAAGGGAUUCUCAUCAGAUCCCCUGCGAUAAAGGGUCCCCAUACCCUUCGAGAUGUUCUAGAUUCCCUUGGAAGUGUAGGUACACCCGCAGCUAAUCAAACUCUGAAGGAUGUCCUUGGAUCCUUCAAUAGCCAGCAGCCCAUCGAUCCAACACCAUCGAAGACUCUAAAGGAUGUUCUGGGCUCUCUGGACUUGGAUAAUGACUAUGAUCUCAAGCUCAAGAUGGAAGGUCUUGACCACGAUCUGAAGGUCGAGUCGCCUACGGACGCCGAGCUAGGCCUCGAUGAGUUCGCAAAUCAGAUUCUUUCUUCAAAGUACAAGGGAACCUCUCUGGACACCGAUCACACUGCCUAUCCGGGAAACCACCUCCCGUGGCCGGUUCUUUGGAAGAACCCUGUCCCAAAGUAUAUUCAAGGGGAGAUCUAUUGCUAUGUGGAUGGUUGUACCUAUUCUCCGAUGAGCGAGAUCAUAAAAUCCGGCAAAUUCAUGGUUCCUCUCGAUCAUCCGGUUGAGUUCAUUUUCAAGGAUCGCCCGAUCCUCGUGACUAUGGAAGAGUUGCUCACCGCAAAUGGGAUUAAUAUGAGCAAAGCGCAGCACUAUCGAAUGCUUCAGGGAUUGCUGCAGAAGUCUGGUGUGCAUAUUCGGGCGGACUACGCGGAGAGACUGCACGAGUUUCAGGCUUUGAUGGAUGGGCUUGAGAUUGAAGACAAACCGCGUCCAGCUCUCAAACUGUCCAGCGACAAGCUUCCACUAAUGUGCAUUUACCCGGACAUUUACAUGAACGCCCUCGGCCGGAGGAUCCAUGGCGCUGUGAUCGUGGACUCUUCAGGGGACAAUUACCCCUUACCCAACAAAAGCUACGAAACUACCGUCUACUCGGAGUCACUUCCAUUUGAGUCCCGUCGACAGAUACUCAUAAUUUACGACGCUGAAAUCCCGAUUCUUGAGAUUUCCAGACGAUUCAGUUGUACUGUUCGAUCGGUACAAGAAACAAUCGGCACCCGAACGCUAAUCACACGUCACCAAAUCGCUGAAUUUCUUCUCGAGAAUCCCGAAUCUCCGGAUUCCCCCGACAUCACAACGGCGCCGUCAAAGAACUCUACAAUCGGUGACAUGAUGAGGCCGAAAAGUAAAAUUCGACGAACUCACUAUGUGGAUUUGAACAAAAUGGUGUGGAGGCACUUCAAGGAUUGUCAGGCCGCUGGAAUUCAGAUUAAUGGGAAGCAGUUGAAGGAUCAAGCAAUGAGAUAUGCUAAGGAUAUGGGCCUUGAAUCGUUCCGCGGCUCCGAAGGUUGGCUGGACGCUUUCAAACGCCGACACCGCAUCGAUCUCAAGUCAAUGACCGGAUAUCCAGUAUGCUACGAGAAUGAUAUGUACGAAGAAGUUGACAAAGAAUGCCGAGAACUCGACAUGGAAUCCCAUAUGCUUCACCAGCAACCCCCAUCCUUCUUCCCUCAAAGUGCUCCAGAUGAGUUUGCGGCGAGCUUCUUCAGUUCCCUAAGCGGAUUCCCCCAACAAAUGGUUGUCCAGGAACCUCCAACGACUUCCUCGUCGAAUCAUCUCCAGAAUAUGAUCAAUUCCAUGAUGACACCGCCAGUGGUGGAUUCCCGAAUGAUGCCGAGCACCUCCUCGGCUGGAGCAUCAGGAGCAUCGGCUUCAUCCCAAGAACCCGACGGUGGCGGUGAUACUAUAUUCAAUGUGAUGAGAAGUUGUCAGAUUAAAGUUGCUGAUAAGGAAGUCAGUCAUGCUUUGGACACAUUGAGGACUUAUAUUCUCGAGCACGACCCGGCAGCGAUGAGCUUGCUGGUGCCGCUUCAGGAGAGAUUGGCCACCACUUCCAGUGGGGCUAUUGGGCGCGACAUGCCAUCCACAUCUUCUUCUUCAUAAUCACCAUCCCAUCACCGCCACCCGUCACAAAUUGCCAAUAUCAUCAAUAUUUUGAACCCAUUUUCAAAUCAUUAAUGUUUUAUUCCAAAAGUUUUCUAUAAAAAAAUAAAUUGAUUGUUUU